AUGCCCCUCUUGUUUAGACCGUCCCCUCAAGUUUUGGUGACCCAGUCCUACCACUUGGUUGAGGCGACAGUGGCUGCGGCGGAACAGAGUGCCGGAAUAGGAAGUCACCGAGGUCGCCGGCUGUGUGACAAAGUGCGGGAUUUGGAAGUCCUCGAGGUCGUCGGCUAUGGGACGGACCGGAUUUGGAACUCCCCGAGGACGUCGGUGGCGGGAACAGAUCCAUCUCUAUCCGGCGGCGAGCGAAGGCGCGCCAACAUCACCCCCCUCAUAAUUGUGUCUGUCUUCUCCAUCCCUGACAACCCUCAUUGUUUUUCUCCCCGCGCCGCCAACCGUGUCUCCAAUUCCGUGCCUGACCAAUUCCCCUCCACCUCUGGAACCCUCCCGAUCCAAACCCAUCCAACAGGAGCUCCCAAGGCCGACCACCGCAGCUUGGCACGCCAUCUUGCUCCGCCGCCUCCCUGCAUCCGUCGGCCUGCUCCCAUCUCCCGCUCGUCCCGUGUGCCCAGCCGCCGGCUCGCGUUGACCAGGCGGUUACCCCGCGCGUGGGUAGCGCAGAGCACCGAGGCGUCUGCCUCGACCGGCCUCACAGCGCAGCCCCGUCGCCAGCAGUCGUUGGCCAGCGCACCAAGCCCGCUGCAGAGCAGAACGGGAACCCGCUGCCGCCCUGGAUCACGACGUCUGCACCCAGCCAUCGCCCCUGUAUGCCAAUGUCUCGAUCUAGAUCGUCCCCGUGCAGUUCCCGCAGGAUCCAUGUCGUUCCCUGCUCGCCUCGUCCUCCAGUCCGUCAUGGGAGCCGACUCGCCGCUGGCCCUUGACCUUGCCUGCAAGCACCCGACGGCCGUGGUUCGUGGGUGUGUUGACCGUGCCCUCCCUACCCAGAGCGGAGGCGCUGGAGGGCGUCCUCACUUGCCUGGCCCGCAGCACCUCCCACCAGCCUCGUUCCCCCAUUAGAUCCGCAGCGUGCCGGAUUGUGAGGACCCGUCGACUAC